AUGUCCAGUUUGAACUCGGGUGGAGCGAAAUGCAUGAGCUUUCACCUAUUUCGGAACCUACCGACGGAGAUCCAAGACCACAUAUGGGAUCUCGCCAUUCGCCCCCUUCCAGGCAACCGGCACGUACAUGAAUUUAUUGUUGUCGACCACUAUUUCGACAAGCCAAAUGGCGCAGACCAAAUCCGUGCAGACUUUCUGAGAUUCGAACCUGGCGGUUAUUUGGGCCAGAAUUUUGGGCUAGCAGUACCCCGCAAUGAUCCAGUCCGAGGCUCAAAUAUGUCAGCCUACAGUCUGGACAGCGGACUUUGGAUGGCUUGUCAGCAGUCACGACGGGCUCUUGAACGGCACUACCGCAAGAAUGAAUGGUGGUCAGAUCUUCCGAAUCCAGAGUGCCCUACUCGACUGGCGGCCCGCGGCGACUAUACCGGCCAGUCAGGAGUCUCGCAUACGGCUUCCUACAUUGACGGCGAUGGAAAACCUCAUCAUGUAACGAUAUCCCCGGACAAAGAUCUAGUUCAUCUCGUGGGGCUGGACCCAGUAUCUGUGGAGUGGUUCUACCAUUAUGCGGGUGAUAGGUUUCUCAUUAACUAUAGGUGUCGAUAUGAGCCCUAUCCAAGUUUCCUUGGUUUAGAUAUUGCAAUCACAUUCGACCACCGAUGGAUUGGGUUUAUCCCGUCAACACUCGUCGAUAUGAUACAUGUGCUACAUGAUGAUUCGGGUCGAACAUUAUGGUUCAUAGAUCAGCGCCUUCAUCGAGUGCAUGCCCCUGGAUCGGGUGAAAUCGGUCUCAGCGGGACUGAUGGAGGGAGUGAUUCAUGCCUCAAAAACAAUAACAGGCAAGUGUUUUACUCGUCUGGCUAUGUGUUUACGGAAGUUAGAGAGACAGAUGAACAUUUAUGGGAAGUUAAAGACGAGGAAAACAGAACACGAUCAGUAUUCGAAUUCUUCCGCCUCCUGAUACCCAUGCAUAACGGACGUUUGGGAAUUGAGGGGUCUGAUCGAAUGCGAGUGUUGGCAUGUGAAUUUAGUUCUUGA